AUGAUCGAUGGUAUGCUCGAAGUCCAAAGGCUCCCAUGGCAAUUGACUAACAUUCAUUUUAGGUGCAGCUUGGCUUACGGGACACCUUUGCAGGUCCACCGAGCCCAGUACGAUGUACCAUUUCCAACGAUAGAAGACCUGUGUCACCCAACAGCCGAGCCAUACCAGAAAGGAGCAGCAUCAGUGUUCAUAGCUUUAACUACCUUGACCGAUGUUCUGGCUCGAUAUCUAGAGCACGUUUACAGUGUGUCUAAAGAAUUUCCACAUUCGAACGCUCAUACUCUGGAACAGAUUCUGAGCGACUGGGAGGAAUCUUUGAGUGAUGACAUCCGCCGCAUCGUACUGAGGGGUACACAUCUUGAUAUUCCAGGGGCUGCAAAUUUUCGCUUGGCAUAUUUAGCGGUCAAGCUACUGCUGCGUCGAAUUCAAUUAGACCUCAAUAAAGGGUCUAAUCUCACAGCCGAAGACGAUACAAAGGCCCCAUUCUAUAUGCAAGCACAACGAGCCGCCGAAGACAUCGCACACCUGAUACAGGAGCUAGACGCUACCCAACUCAACGGCUUUUGGAUUCCAGUGCAUUCUUUCUCGAUAACAUCGGCCACGAUGUUCCUGCUGCGUAGUGGGCUACGGAUGAAAGAUCAGGGCCGAAAUAUGCCCUUGAGUAUUGCCAAAGACAUGAUCAAUGUUCUCCUUACGCACCGGCAGAAUUUCGGUUGGGAUCUUGCCGAUAAUUGCCUCGAAGAUUGCGGGGAGCUGGUUGAAAAGAUUGGCAUGGCAGUGGCGGAUUCUGAUUUGCCAGUUGGAACAGCUGGGCCUGAUUUUCCGGAUUUCUCGGAGGAUUUGGACAUCAAUCCGGCUAUUUUGGAGGAGUUAUUUUUUGGAAUAUCGGGGUUUCCACAAGGGUUCGAGAUUUGA